AUGCUGCUUCUGAAUUUGAGUCCAGGAGCUGAAAUGCUUGAGACGGACCAUGGAUACAUUGAGUUUGGUGCCGUCGUAUCUGGUACACCUUUUCACUCCUACUGGUUAAUAAGAGAGGGAUACCUCAACCAGAUAAGAUGCUCCUGUGGAUCUUUCGGAUCAGUGGGAGUACCUAGGAAUUCUCCAGGGAGGCGAAGAGGUUUACCGUACACAGACUCGGUGACGCUGGCGUUGGUGUCCUCUCAUAUGGUGGAACGGAGACCAAGUAUGCCUUCAGUUAUUACCUAUUUCAAGACACCUUUAACCGAUUUAACUGGUUCUAUCCUCACUCAUCAAUAUUUCGGUCGUUGCCAAGGAAUUGAAAUGAAAGCUAUUAAUUGUUUGGAAGCUUAUGGUAAAGAAAAAGGAGUAGAAGUUUGUAAUGACCUUUUACAGGACUAUGAAGAAUGUAAUAGGAGAUUUAAACAAAUCUCUCGUGCUGAAGCAAUUAUGAAUGAAAGGCGUAAGCAGGGUGUUUAUGAGCCUCCUCCACGAGGAGAUGCUUAUGAAAAUUACUAA